UCACGGGGCGGGCGCCAAAAUGGCGGCGGCGGCGGGAGCUUGGCUGAGGGGCUGCGCCAAGCUGAGAAGACACAUGCCAGCACACCUGGCUCCUUGGAGGGUUUCUCCCUGUGCUUUCAGAUCCUCCAAAUCAGAGCUCAAACCAAACGUGGCCAGUGAUGGACUUGCCUGUGCUCCACUUCAAACGUUCACUGAAGAGGAGGCCAUGCUGAAAGACAUGGUGACCAAGUUUGCCCAGGAAAGAGUUGCACCUUUCGUGCAAAAAAUGGACGAGAAUGCGAAAAUGGAAGAGUCCAUCGUGCAGGGACUGUUUGAACAAGGGCUGAUGAGUAUUGAGCUUGGGGAAGAAUAUGGAGGAACUGGAGCUUCAUUUUUUUCAAUCAUAUUGGCAGUGGAAGAAUUGGCCAAGGUUGAUCCAGCUGUGGCUCUUGUGUGUGAACUCCAAAACACUCUAACAAAUAAAUUGUUUACCACCUAUGGAACAGAAGAACAAAAGAGAACUUACCUGCCCAGGGUGUCCAAAGAUACAUUAGGCAGUUUCUGUCUGUCAGAGGCUGGGUCUGGCAGUGAUGCUUUUUCCUUGAAGACUCGAGCUGAAAAGAAGGGAGACUAUUACAUUAUCAAUGGCUCAAAGAUGUGGAUUAGCUUGGCAGAAGAUGCAGGAGUCUUCUUUGUCAUGGCAAAUACAGACCAAUCCUUAGGCUACAGAGGAAUCACCUGCUUCGUCGUGGAUCGCAACACAGAGGGGCUCCAGGUGGGGAAGAAGGAGGACAAGCUGGGGAUCAGAGCUUGUUCCACCUGCCCAGUCACCUUGGACAACGUGAAGGUUCCUGAGAGCAGUAUCCUGGGACAAGUUGGACAAGGCUAUAAAUAUGCCAUUGGAAUGCUCAAUACUGGCAGGAUAGGGAUUGCUGCACAGAUGUUAGGACUGGCCCAGGGCUGUUUUGACCGUACAGUUCCCUACACAAAGGAGAGAGUCCAGUUUGGGAAGAGCGUGUUUGAUUUCCAGGGGAUGCAGCACCAGAUUGCCCAGGUGGCCACGCAGCUGGAGGCGGCCAGGCUGCUGACCUACAACGCGGCGCGGCUGGCGGAGGCGGGCAGGCCGGCCAUCAAGGAGGCCAGCAUGGCCAAGUACUUCACUGCUGAGGUUGCAACACUGACAACCAGUAAAUGUAUUGAGUGGAUGGGAGGUGUUGGAUUCACCAAAAAUUUCCCAAUAGAAAAGUACUACCGUGACUGCAAGAUAGGUACAAUAUAUGAAGGAACUUCAAAUAUCCAGUUGAGCACAAUUGCAAAAUUCUUAGCACAGGAGUACUGAAACCAUAAGGACUUUCUUGAUGCUAUAUAAAAAUUAUUUCCCUUAACACUAAUUGUAAAUUUAUUGGUAAUUACAGAAGGCAUUGGUGACAUCAUAAAUAAGAAUACACCAUCACA